AUGCCUUCAUCUCCAGUUCCUGAAGAAGAAAAUCCAGAUCAAGAUUUAUUGCCUCCUUCAGCCAUUAAACCAACAAAUGAUUCUUCAUCAAGUUUAUAUAAUAGUAAUAUUAAUAAUCUAAGCUCAAAUAAUAGUGGAACAAGUAGUCCUAUACAACCUCCAGCCAAUAUAAGAAGACCAUCAUUCGGUCUUAAUUUAUUGAAUUCAUUAACUAGUUCAAUUAGAUCUUCUAAUCUGCAAUCAUCACAAAUAAAUCCUCAACCAACUCAACUGCCUCCAUCACCUUUAGAAGCUAGCAAUAUCUUUAUGUCAAAUAGUCCUACCAUUGCAAACUUAAGUAAUUAUGCUUCAACCACUUUAUAUGAUGAAGCAAUGGCAAAUGCUCAUCGCCAACAUAAUCAUGUUAAUCCUCGGUUGUCUCGUCAUCGUCCAAGUAGACAAAAUACUUUAGAUGCUAAUAAUCCAGGAGCUGAGAAUAAUUCAAGUUCUUCUGCAUCGACUAGUAAAGAAAAAUUAAAUGGAAUGGAUAAAGAUGGAUUUUUUUCAGUUAGAUUAACUCCAUUAAUAGAUCAUUCAUCAUCAGCAUCUGGAUUAUAUUUUUCACCUAUAAUAAGAAAAAUUAAACCUGAAUCAGAUAUUUCAAUUGGUAGAUAUACUGAAAAGAAUAAAGCAGCAGCUCAUGCUCCUCAAGGUUCUUCAGCUCCAAUAGUUUUUAAAAGUAAGGUUGUAUCUAGAACUCAUGCAUUAUUUCAUUGUAAUGAAGAUGGUCAAUGGUUUUUAAAAGAUUGUAAAUCAUCUUCGGGAACAUUUUUAAAUCAUAUUCGAUUAUCAGCAGCAUCUCAAGAAUCUACUUUAAUGCCAUUAAUUGAUGGUGAUAUUAUUCAAUUAGGAAUGGAUUAUAGAGGUGGAACUGAAGAAGUUUAUCGAUGUGUAAAGAUGAGAUGUGAAUUCAAUAAAAGUUGGCAACGGAAAGUUAAUCAAUUUAAUCUUGAAAUUCAUAAGAAACUUAAGAAUCUUCAAAUUAGAGAUGAUGAUAAUACUAAUACAGAAUGUGCUAUUUGUUUAAUGAAGAUUGAACCAUGUCAAGCUUUAUUCAUAAGUCCUUGUUCUCAUGCUUGGCAUUAUAAAUGUAUUAGACCUAUUAUUAUUAAAAGUUAUCCUCAAUUUUAUUGUCCUAAUUGUCGUACAAUGUGUGAUUUAGAGACUGAUCUUGAUGAUGAUGAUUAG